AGUGAGGCUAUUAAUAUCUGGAGAGCCCACUCAUCUUUUUGCGUUUCUUCAGAAUAACCAAAAUCUCAUCUCAGUUGCUGACAUGUCCAUCGAGUUUCAAUCUCAAUCCAUUUCCACUCCGACGGCCCAAGCCCAAGACAGAUCCAACUCCGGCUGCGCCUUGCUAUUGCCUUCCUGCUGUCUGGGGCCACGACGCCGUUCCUCAUGGUGGGAGCGAGUCCGCUCCACCUCCUGGUCCCACUCCAAUUCGCCUUCAUCCGGUGACCGAUGGUGGUCGCGUGGCCUCAGGGCGCUCAAGAAGCUUCGCGACUGGUCCGAGAUCGUGGCCGGCCCCAGGUGGAAGACCUUCAUUCGCAAGUUCAACCGCAACCGCGCCUCCAAGCGCAUGCCCAAGUACCAGUAUGAUCCAAUGAGUUACGCCCUCAACUUCGACGAGGGCCAUAACGGGGAUUUCAACGACGACGCUGCCCUCCGCAAUUUCUCAACGCGCUACGCCGCCGUCAACGUGAAGUCAGUUUCCCCCAAGGCCCGUGACACCGACGACGCCGUUUUCGUGUGAGUGGUGGUACUACGCGUGGUUAACGCGGUGAGUCCUUUGGUUGGUAGCUGAGGCUGCCCCUUCGCCUUAUUUUUCACUUUUCAUUUCCUAUCGCCAAUUAUUUCUUUUCCUAUAUAGUAUAUACAUCCAUAUAAAUCGGAAUGGUCAUAUUACUGUGUAUAUACACUUUUUUUUUUUUUUCAUAUUUUAUCAUAAGUAAUUCAAUUUUUUUUGUAUGGUUGGAGCUUGGGUGGAGGAUCCAGGAAUUCAUCUUUGAUUUGAUUUGAUAAUAGCAUUAGGUAGUGAUUAUGAAUAUUAUUAUUAUGAGGUGGGGGUUUGCUUUUUGAAUAGGCAAUUGCAAUGAAUAGACUUAGGUACAAAUUGGGUAUUUGUUUGAAGUAUGUGACGUUAUUGAACCCUAAAAAUUGUCAUUUUCAUAAAUGUGAUGAAGGAAAUGCUCCCUUGUAAGUAGUGGAAGAUACUUUCUUAUAACAACCUCCACCCUGUAAACACAUUAUUCAAUUAAUAUUAGAUUGUGACAUUUCUUAUC